CUGGUUUUAGUUUUCUUCUUUUAUGUGCCUGUGGUACUUGGCCCCCUCAGUAUUUCAUACUUUCUCAAGGGGAAAGUCCACUAGUACGGUUACUCACUCAAAAGACUUGUAAUAGUAUGUAUGAUAACAUUUAGAGCUGGUGAGAAACAAGAAAUUUUUGAAGUGAUGGUGAGUGAAGUAGUGGCUAAUUGAGAAAGCAUACAUGGGAAUCUUUAUAAAAAAUAAAGGCCAACAUAUGAUUGAGAAAAAACAUGGGCACAUAAAGAUGGAUUAAAAUUAAAAGGUGAGAGUACAGAUGAAAAGGAAAAAGACCUGUCUUUAUCUUUCUCUCUAUUAUUGCAUCUUUUACAUUACGAAAUCCAGUUGAAAGAAGCAGAAAUAUAUAUAUAUUUUUUUAAACGUGGCAAGAUCAGCAGAGCUUGUGGCAAUCAGGAGAGAUAUUUACUGGAAAGGAGAGAAGUAAUUGCUUUAUCAAAAUUUUUUUUUUAAAAUUUUUUUUUUUUGUAGAGGAUUAUGUUUGUUGUUCUGAGUGAGAAUAUUGUUGUUACGCCUGUUUUGUUUCUUUUGUUGGUUGUUUGGUGCAACUCUGCUUAGAUGUAGGUGGCCGUAUGCCAGCCCACUUUCUCUAGAAAUUCUUCCACAGCCUCCGUCUCAGCUGGAUUCACCGGAUAUUUGCAGAUCCAAGAAGACCCAGAACCGUAAAGAAGGAAGAUUAGAUGGAGGAAGGAUGCGAGUUCCGGAGCUGGGAUGAAUUGAUACCAGAUGCGCUUGGACUCAUAUUUAGCAAUCUGUCUCUUCAGGAGAUACUCACUGUAAUCCCAAGGGUCUGCAAAUCAUGGAGAAAAACAGUGAUGGGGCCUUACUGCUGGCAAGAGAUAGACAUUGUGGAAUGGAGCCAGCGAUCCAGCCCUGAGAACCUUGAUCGAAUGCUCGAAAUGUUAAUGACCAGGAGCGCUGGCUCACAUCGCAAGCUCUGUGUUUCUGGCCUCCCCACUGACGCCAGUUUUUCCUUUGUUGCAGACCAUGCCAAAUCUCUUCAGACCUUGAGGCUGCCAAGAAGUGAAAUAAGUGACCCAAUAGUGGAAGAGUUGGCUUGGAAACUCUCCACCAUAACUUUCUUGGAUGUGAGCUACUGCAGAAAGAUGGGAGCCCCUGCCCUGGAGGCCAUUGGUAAGCAUUGUAAAUUCCUCACGGGCUUGAGAAGAAUCAUGCAUCCACUGGAGAUAAUUGACAAGCUCACCCAAGAUGAUGAGGCCCUUGCUAUUGCAGCCACUAUGCCCAAGCUCAAGCACCUUGAGAUUGCCUACCUGCUAGUUAGUACAGAACCUGUGCUCAAGAUACUUGCAAGCUGCUGUGAGCUUGAAUUACUGGAUGUAAGAGGGUGUUGGAAUGUCAGACUUGAUGAGAAGCUUAUCAAGAAAUUCUCGGGGUUGAAGGUGGUUGGACCUCUGGUCAUAGAUUGUUAUGAGGGAAAUGGCUGGGAUGAUUGCUCCGCUUACUCAGGUUCAUCUGGCUACUUGGCCUGGGACUUUGUGGCCGGCGAGAUGGACUAUUAUGAUGAUGAGCUCUAUGCCGCCUGGGAAGAUGAAAGUAUGGAUGAUCUAGAAUUAAGGUUCUACGAUGGUUUUGAUGCCGAUAAUGCUGGAUUUGAUUGGCCCCAAUCUCCUUGAGGUGGGUGAAAGUGUGCUGAAGUUCUAUGACUGCUCUCUGCUUUACUGUUAGAACCUUUUCACUACUGCUACUACUAGUUUGCUUACACUUUCCUGUAUGAACUUUUAUGUGCUGUAAGGAUGUACAUAUUUCAGUGGAAGUGAAGUCCUGAAGUCCUGAAACAUAACCUGCCCUUCAUGUUCUAAUGAGGGUUUAUUUUCUAUCAA